AUGGCAGCCCUCAGGGCUCUGGUAUCUGGCUGCGGAAGGCAGCUCCAUGGAUUCCUGGGAGCCCCCCCCACUCCCACCCCCACCCCUGCCACGAGCGGCUGGCUACGGCUUCCAGCUUGCAGGUUGAGAGAAGUGGUGGAGAUCCAAGAAGGGAAGACGACUGUAAUUGUAGGCAGAACCACAGAAACUCCCAAGGCCACUCAGGCCAGUGUCCCUCCCAUUGGGUGCCGCUGGAUCCUGAAGCCGAAGUCUAACUCUGAGGAUGUGCUACUGCUGCUCAGUCAGUUCAUCCGGCCACACGGAGGCACGCUGCCCUGGAGUGUCACAGGCUUGUGCCUGGAAGAACACCGAAAGAUCAAGGAGUGUGUAAAGAUGGCUCAUCAAAUAGGUCUAUUCUCAGAUCACAGGCCACAGCUUCCAGAAGUGUCCUUAUUGAAGAAUAAACCCAAGCUCAACUGCUACCUGACUCGCUGGGCUCCCAGCUCUGUCAAGCCCAUCUAUAAAAAAGGCCACCGUUGGGUUAAGGUGGCUAUGGCUGUGGGGUCACUCCUGAAAGACAAUGUCUGCUACUCCAGAAGGCCUCUGAAGCUGAUUCAUUAA